GGAGUCUCCUGCUGACAGGAAGAGACACAGACAGGUCUAACGGUCAAAGCAGCGCGAGAGCCGCCACACCGCUUCCUGUGAGAGAGCAGAGUGAUCCAGACCGGCACGUGGACUCGGUCAGUGUCUGAAGUCUUUGAUCCUGUCGGUCGGUACCGUCUCCGGUCCUGUUUCCGGGUUGUGUCUGGGCUCGCGCCUGACUGUGAGAAGAUCAAUAAUCAGCUCUGCGGGCGUGUGACGUCACACACCUGUACGGUGUCGACAAGUGGAGCACUCCUUACUGAAUAAACUCACCACACCCUCCCUCUGUCAUUAUAUCCUGCUGCUCGCUGCACUUCCUCAAACACUCACUGCGUGUGGUCCACAACGGACUGAACCUCACCAGGACCAGGACCUGAACCUGCCCCGGGCCCAGGACCAACAAAGACUAACUAAAGUAGACUUGUUGCUGUGGUCUGUGUUGAGGAUCAGGACCGUUCUGUUCUCUGACCGUGAGAUGUUGUUAAAUCGCAAUUUUCUGACGGGGAUCCUGCUGAUCUUCCUGCUGCUGGGAGCGCUGUACUACUCCAACUAUCUGUCUUACAGCUUUGUGUCUGUUGAGCAGGAGGAGCUAACAGCUGAAAGCAGACGUGUUGAAGUCCACGUUCAGAGUCAUGAGCUCCACAUGGUGGCUCCUGACCAUCUGAAGUACGACCAGCCCAGCAUCGUGAGCGGUCGUAAUGACGUGGUGACAGUGACGCCCUGGUUGGCUCCGGUCGUCUGGGAGGGAACCUUUAACCCGGUUCUACUUGACAGCAUCUACAAACUACAGAACAUCACAGUCGCAGCUACGGUGUUUGCUGUUGGAAAGUAUGUCAUGUUCCUGAAAGACUUCCUGGAGACAGCAGAGCAGCACUUCUUCGUUGGUUUUAGGGUGCACAUGUACGUGUUCACCGACCAGCCAGAUAGCGUGCCCCAAAUCAAAAUGGCUGCUGACAGACAGCUGACGGUGCUACCGGUGCCCAGCUCAAAGCGUUGGCAGGAGAUCUCUGCUCGGAGGAUGGAGUUGAUCCAGAAGCUAAUUGAGGAGAAGCUUCGUAACAACAUCGACUACAUCUUCUGUCUGGACGUUGACUCUAAGUUCCACGGCCGCUGGGGGACUGAGUCGCUGGGCGGACUCAUUGCUGUGAUCCAUCCAGGUUACUACAGAGACAACCGCAAAAGGUUCCCUUAUGAGCGGAGGCCCGAGUCCAGAGCCUACAUCGCUACUGGAGAGGGCGACUUCUACUACUGUGGGGGGGCGUUUGGAGGCAUGCUGCAGGAAGUCCACCAGCUCGCCAAAACCUGCCGCACUAACUUCGAGGCUGAUGCCAAAGAAGGCAUCGAGGCAGCCUGGCAGGAGGAGAGUCACCUGAACAGGUACAUGUGGGUCAACAAGCCCAGUAAGGUGCUGUCACCUGAGUACCUGUGGCAGGACUUCAAAGCCAGAAACCCGGAGGUUCACAUCAUCAGGUUCUCUGGAGUUGUCAAGAACUAUGCUGCUAUUCGACCUAAUGUCGAAUGAAAGGACCGGGCUGAACUGGACGGGACUGAAAUGGACUGCUAGAGUUGUCAUGGUUCGAAGGGUUUAGAGGUGCCACAGUCCACCUCUUUAAUCACAGAAUCAUACAUUAAAUCUGAUCCGUCCCCCUUCUGGACUCAGGACCUUUUGCUCUACUGAGCAUGUGCAGUGUCUGUUCUCUCACUUUAAAUGAAACUCAGGUAACUGACGCUCAUCGCUGUGCUUGAACACAUCAUUUCUCUACACGUGUACUUCAAACAACAUGCUAUGAGCAGUUGAACAGGAAGUGCCCAUUCUGAACAAAGGGAGUUAUGCUAAUGUCACCUAGCUACGCUAACUCUCGUCACCUGUUAAUUAGUGAUUGUUAGCUCUGCUGCUUUCUGACAUCAUUUCCUGUCUUCACUGUCUUCUUUGGUGUUUGUGGUUUCAUAAAGCUUUGAUUAAUUUAUCAUUUGUGAUUGUUUAUUAUUGACUUUGUAUGUAAUGUCUGACGUUUGUCUGACAUUUGUCUAAUGUUUGUCUUUCCACAUUUAGACUUAUGAAACUGUCACAUGGAGCUGAACGGCUCUACCUGCUGGUUCAAAUAAUGAAGUUGGGGGGAAAAAAAGUUUUUUUUAAAUAAAUAUAGUUUUCUCAAUAAAAGAAACUGAAAUAUGAAACUCAA